AUGGCUUCACGCAAGAAGGUUUUAUUGAAGGUUAUUAUUCUCGGCGAUAGCGGUGUAGGAAAGACGAGUUUGAUGAACCAAUAUGUCAACAAGAAAUUCAGUGCAAGCUACAAGGCGACUAUCGGGGCGGAUUUCUUGACAAAGGAGGUCCUAGUCGAUGAUCGAUUAGUUACUAUGCAGCUUUGGGAUACAGCAGGUCAGGAACGUUUCCAAUCGUUAGGGGUCGCAUUCUACAGAGGAGCGGAUUGCUGUGUCCUUGUCUACGACGUGAACAAUUCAAAGAGUUUCGACACAUUGGAUAGUUGGAGGGAUGAAUUCCUGAUCCAGGCCUCGCCCAGAGAUCCAGAAAGCUUUCCGUUUGUCGUUCUAGGCAACAAGAUCGAUGUCGAAGAAAACAAGAGAGUGAUUUCCUCAAAACGGGCUAUGACUUUCUGUACUUCCAAGGGCAAUAUUCCAUAUUUCGAAACAAGUGCCAAGGAGGCCAUCAAUGUCGAGCAAGCCUUUGAAGUUAUUGCAAGAAAUGCUCUAGCACAGGAGGAAUCGGAAGAAUAUAACGGAGAUUACUCAGAUCCAAUCAACAUCCAUAUCGAGAACGAUAGAGAUGGUUGUGCCUGCUAA